AUGGAGUUUGGGGAAAGGAAGAGGAGAAGGAAGUCACAGAGCUUUAAACUGGUCACGGAUGAAGAUUUUGCCCCUUCAUAUAUUAUGAAUUCCAACUGCAAAGACGCCAAAGGAGAGCCUAAGGAUGCUGCUGUGUCUGAUGGUUGGCUGGGGGAUGAGGGUGUGGAGAUCAAGAGGCAAAUAACAGGAAUGAUGAGGCUUCUGAGUGAUAAGUCCGGCAGGGCUUAUCAGCGUGUGGUAACAGAGCAGGACAGCGUAACAAAGGAGCCCCAGGAUCAGCACCUGACCUGGGUGCAUCAGCCUGUACCCUCAUCUCUUGUAUCGCACGACCACCAGUGCAACAGCUGGAACUCUGCAGAGGACCCAGGGCCUUCACCUUCAUCAAUAUCUACCUCCACCGGAAACGGUCCAGGCUUUGGUCAGUACAGCACCCGCUCCAAAGCUCUGAGGGUCCUCAACAACACCAAGGAUCUGAUCAAAGUGAACGAAGUGAAUGCAGAUGUGAUCCCUCCUGCUGCACCCGAAACCCCCUGCUGUAUGUGUAACUGUAAGGGCACCUUGCAAGCUAUUUUGCAGGAACUGCGAGCCAUGAGGAGGCUGAUGCAGACUCAAAAAGCAUCCUUGGAGAGACAGGAACAGGCAGCAUCACCAUGCCAACCCCGUCUUGGUCCGGGCCCCGCUCCUCGCUGUAGGCCCCGCAAGAGGAGGCCAAUAUAUAAAGCACCCCUGACUGUGUCUAGUACUAGAAAAGCAGCUCUUGCCCCUCUGGAAGGAUCGGCAUGUACAGCUGCACCUGCAGAAUCUGUAAAGAGGGAGGAAUGUGAGACAGAGCAAGCUUCAACUACACCCAACAGUCAUCCCGUCUCCUCUGAGGUUUCUGCGCCGCCACCUCAGAAUAAUCCAGUAACUGUCAAUAACAGACAAGAUCCUGUCCUGAACCAGCUACGGGAACCUCAGCAGUCUGAGGUGCGUCUUGCAGAGGAUCAUGACGUGUAUAUUUCAAAGGCUCAGCUGGACUCCAUUCUGGUUAACUAUACACGCUCUGGCAGCCUGCUGUUCCGCAAACUGGUGUGUGCCUUCUUUGACGAUACGACGCUGGCUAACUCCUUGCCAAAUGGCAAAAGGAAGAGAGGGCUCAAUGAUAACCGUAAGGGCUUGGACCAGAACAUUGUGGGUGCUAUUAAAGUGUUUACAGAGAAAUAUUGCACUGAACACAGAAUAGAGAAGUUGCCCGGGCCACGAGACUGGGUUCAGAUCCUUCAAGAUCAGAUCAAACUUGCCAGGAGGAGGCUGAAAAGAGAUGCUGCAGAAGCAGAAGAAGCCGUAAAUGGACCUUCCACAAGCUGUGACUAUAACAAGACUGCGAGUGUGGAGGGGACGAUGGUGAACAUGACUGGUUGA